AUGCGCGAUAACUUAGUCCUCCUAUCCGUGUUCAUGGUCGUGUUAGGCGUCGCCUGCCCCUCGCAGGCUGCAAUUGCGACCGUGUCACCGCCGAGGAACGGGCUGUCGCGCCCGGCGUCGCAAUUGGAAAGCGCCGGCAAGGCCUCAGGGUUUCGUCGCCUCUUGGGUCAGGAAGAUGUUAAGAUGUUGACCGUUCGGGAGGGCGAGUGGGUAAAAGUGUCAGAUAUUGUCGCGCUCGAAGCUGGGCGGGCGGCCGAAAGCCCACCGAACAGUGAGAGCGCGGCGAGCCAGCAGGGCAACGGAAACGGUUCCGUGAAAAUGUUCGAUAAGGGGAACGGAUUAGCGAAUAACGAGGCAUUUGACUAUGGAAAUGGAAGUGGCGCAGCGGGACUGGCAACGGUGAGGAGUGGGAACCCAGAGGGGACGGGAGGAGCAGAAGAGAAUGGUAGGGCAGGUGGCGGAACUGGUGGAGCGGCUGGUGGCGGCGAUACGAUGGGGGCUGAAAAGAAAGAGGAGGAGAGUGGUGAUGACUACGUGGACGAUGGUGAGGGCGACUGGGCAGCGCAGCCCGGGAUGAGAGUGCAGCAGACGACGAACGGCGAGGAAAUGGUGGAUAUGUUCGAAGAUACCGCCACAGACGCGGAAAUGAAGGAGCUUGCUCAGAACUCCGGGCACGCGAGUGCUGCGCAAGGGGGGGUGCAGAACCAAGAGCAAGGCGGAACUUCGCAAGCCCCGGCGUCGGUGCUGCCUCUGCCUCUCGCAAGCGCCAAUGCGCCCGCUGCGGACGUGGCAAGAAGAAAGGACUCGACAGGCGCGGGGCAACGAAAAGGCGAGCAAACGACUGGGCAAGUGCCGAAACAGCAGAAAGCGCAGCAUGAGGGGCCAGUGGUGCCGCAGAUAGACGUGCGGAAACGACAAGCGGCGGGUCGCACGGGGGAAGAAGGACAGCUGACGGAGUCACGGAAACGAGCAGACAAUCAGCAGAGCCCCUCCAAGGACUCCCAACAACAUGGGGUGGGAGAGGUCGCGAGCGGAAGAGAAGAUGGAACAACAGAAGCUGGCAAAGCAGGAGUGGGCGGGAAUAACGGUGCUGGAGGUGAUUACCUGGACGGCGACGGCUCGGACACGACUGGUGACGGCGGUGGUACGACAGGCAAGGACGAAGUGAUACCGCUUGGCGGGGACGUGGAAGGUGGGGACGGGGACGAGAGGGACUAUGGCACGGAGGCUGAGACCAUGUCCCAGGAGAGCAUGGCCGGGGCUCCCAGGGAGACUGACAGCAGCUGGACUGGGAUGGACGUGGGGACCGCCAAGGGACAAGGGUACGACACCGGCAGCGUAUUCGCCGCCGCGAACAACGGGAGAGAAGACGUUGGCAUGAUGUUUCUUAAGAGUAAUAGCAUGGUGGGGAAGCCGGUGGUGGACGCGAGCGCUGGAGGCAGGGAGAGGAAGCCUCCGGGAGGAGGAACUGGGGAGACGGGGUAUGGGGGCGAACGGAAGGCGGGCAACCACAGGACGCGAACUAAGCCGAGGUUCAAAGCGGUGGACUGUCAGUACAGAGAAAAGGGCGCGUUCAGCAAGCUUCAUCGGUGCGCUGUAGGCUACGCUGGUCACGCCGGUGUGACAGGCGGCUAUAAACGUCCGAUAUACCUGGUUACCAGCGACGACGACAUGGUCGAAAACGUGGCACCUGGCACGAUACGUUUUGGCCUCAACCGCUACCGUCGAUCGGGUGUCACGAUCCGGUUCGCGUCGUCCAUGCUCAUCAACCUGAAGCAGCGCCUAUUUCUCCCAGCACAUACCACUAUAGACGGUCGGGGGGCACGUGUGGCGAUUAACGGCGGCAUUGUGGUGCACAAUGUAACCAACGUGAUCAUACACAAUGUGGCAGUGGGCAAUCUUCCUGGCGACCAUGACGUCAUCCACAUAUCCAAUUCCACACGUGUAUGGGUGGACCACUGUGCAGUGUACAACGCCAUUCGGGGCACUGUAGAUGUUGUAUACGGCUCUACAGAUGUCACCAUUUCCAACUGUUACAUUCGUAACAAGAACCUCACCAUGCUGCUGGGAGCAGAUGAUGGGGACAUGAACGAUGCCAACAUGCGAGUAACAGUCUACCGCAACUGGUUUGACCAGUCAGGCCAGAGGCAGCCCAAGGCACGCUGGGGCCAGAUACACGUGGCCAACAACCUCUACACCAACUGGACCUACUAUUGCAUUGGUGGGCGGAUGUAUGCCAACAUCAGGUCGGAGAGAAACAUUUUUAUUGCCGGCACAAAGCGUAAAGAAGUCACACCCUGGUUUGGAGAGAAGAGCCUCCGAACGGCUGGGUUUGACAACACGCCAUCCAUUCGAUCAUACAACGACCUGCUACUAAAUGGUGCUACGUUUCACCAGUUUACUGGGUACACACGGCCAUUCCUGCCUCCUUACGCGCUUGAUAUUCACCGUGCGGAUAAGGUUCUGGCGGAUUUCGUUCGUGAUAAUGCAGGGCCGCAGGUGGGGAGAUUCACAGAGCUGGCUUGUACAGAAUCAACCUGCAUUCAGCAAGGGGAUGACGUUUAG